UCUUUCAUGUCAACAACACGGUCUGAUUCAAGACGUGUAAGCAUUGCAUUCUUUCAUGCCAACAACACGGUAUAGGUUUUUUAUUUCCCCUAUUCAGUCGGAGCGAUCAAUGUUCUAAUUAUAAAUAGUUCCAUCACACGGUAGUUACAGCGAUACCACAACAAGACCACAACAACACGACCAACCAGUGGUGCCAUGUACAGGAUAUAACAGACGAAGCAAGCUACCCUACACUGUUGGAGUGAAUCUAACGGAUGUUUUAAUAAUCAGAUCGAUUCGUUCAUACGACCACAGGGGUAUGGCUUGUGAUGAAGACGUAUCCAGCUAUUUUAAAGGUACACAUGAAGUACAAACAUGUCUUGAAGGUCAAGGUGAGAUAGGUUUAGCUGGUUAUCAGAAUCAGUGCAACAAAUCACACAAAGGUUUUGUCCCGGUCAAUAAUUUGACCGUCCAACAUUUCCCCCCUGGAUACCAGGAUAAAGAACUCUAUGACUUUACCAAGGCGGUGGCUGAUCUAACGGUCAGGAUAGUUCUUAAAUACACCAGUCCAGACAGGCCAGAGUUUGUACCAGGCACUAAAGAUCCAUAUCCUUUCUACAACACCAGGGGACAGAACUCAUUGCGGACAGGGACGGGGAGGGUGUACAAUGUGAUCAAGUACGAGGAGGGAAUGGAUGAAAAUCUGGGCCCGUACAGAACUUGUCCAUGUCCUGAAUGUGUCACGUCUGCCACACCACGCAACGUGUGGUGGAGAGUUGAUGUGGUGACAGCAAGACAUGUGGUGUUUGAUGAGAGUGAGGCGAGACAAACAAGAUGUCGUCUGUGGUUUGAUUACAAUAAAUGUCCAGUGGUCAACCUCUGUGGGUGGGGGCUGGGUGGGACGGAAAGUGACGGAGACUGGUGUAGCGUGUAUUGCUGGAGUCACGACUCUAACUUGUGUGAUAAGCUGCAACUCUUGCUGGAGUUGUUCAGUUUUCAGUGGUUUGGUGUCUCCCACAAAUACAAACGUCAACGACAAGUUGGAAGACUCGCCAUCGUAGUGUCGCAUCCCCACGGAUGCUGUAAGCAGGUCUCGGUGGGUCGCUGGAUACACAGGCAGGUGGUGGUUAAUGACUGGACCAGGUACACGUACACAACGUCUACCUGCCCAGGUAGCAGCGGGGCCAUGGUCUACAGACUGGGAUUUGUUUCUAAUCACCCCCACAGUGGGGCAGGAUUUCGAGGCCUGAAUUAUAGUGGGGUGUGUGGUGACCUAGAUUAA